AUGGGCUCCUUGUUGCCGCUGUUUAGGGCGGGACGCUUCGAGAGCACACUGUCGGCAUUGGAUCUUGCGGAGUUGGGCUUAGGACUGCUGUUGCGAAGCACUGCGCAGCUUGAUGCACCGUUCUCGAUCUUCAGCAAAGUACAGCUGGGCUUCUUGUCAUUGGUCUCGGACCAUGCAGAGUCCGGACUGUUGCUACCAUUCCAGGGGAUAUCACAAAUGGGCCUGGUUUUGCUUCUCUUCUCCAGCGUUCGUUUGGGGGCCAGUCCCCCUGCUUCUGACUUUGGCCAUCCCGGGCUGCCUCCAUCCUCACACGGUCUUGGCCGUCUGGGCUCCACAGCGUCGGUCUUCCAAACCUGUCGCCUUGGCCCUGCCUUGCUGGUACUGGACCCCACGCUGUUAGGCUCGAUGGCGUUGCUGAGGAGCCUUGCAAGAUUAGACUUCUCAGCACCCGCUCUGGACCCUUUGGCACCGGGCUCCUCCAUGUCCCUGCACAGCCUCGCACAGCCGGAGGCCACAGCAUUACUCUUCGGGAAAGGUUGGCCAGGCUUGCCGAUGCCUGCGUGCGACUUUGCUUUCUCGGGCCUAUCCCCUCCCGUCCGAAGCCGUGCACAACUGGGGCUGGGCAUGUUCAUUUUUAGCAUGGUGCGCACGGAGUUACUCUCGUCCCUGCUUGAUCCCGGUCUUUUUGGCUUUGCUGUGCCACCUAGAGGCCUUGGGCGGCUCGGGUCUACUUUGCUUGCAUCCAGCUGGGUCCGGCUUGAGCUCCCGGCAUUUCUUUCAGACUACACGCUGGUGGGUCUGGUCUCGUUGUUACAAAGUCCUUCUCGCACGGAUUUACCCUUCUCGACCUUCAGCAGCAGUCGGCCCGAAUCUUCACUUUCCAUCCCGGACCAUGUCGAACUGGGUAGUGCUCCGCUCCUGCAAAGCCCCAGCCACUCAGGCUCGCAGCUGUCGCCCCUGGAUUUUGCCGUGGUGGGCCCCCCGCCGCUGUUUCGUUCGAUGGUCCGCUCUGACUCAAGUCUUCUCGUGUUCAGCACCAUGAGGAUAGAAUUCAGUGUUUCGGUGUUGGAUCAUGUUGCGCUCGGCCCUCCGCCACUUCUCCGGUCGCUCACGCGUUCGGGACCCCUCGUGCCAGUCUUGGACUCCGCAAGCCUUGAGCCUUUUCUGCUGCCCCGGUCUCCAGGUCAUCUAGGAUCCAGCCUGCCUGUGUGGAGCACGACACGCUCUGACUUUUCAGCACCGCUCUUGGAUUACUUGCGACCUGAUCCCUCUACGCCACCAAGAGGAACCGGUUGCUUUGGAUCAACUAUCUUCGUUUCCGCUUAUGCGCGAUUGGAGCUGAUCUUGCCAUUGUCGGACUACGCAUGUACUGACUUGGCGGCGCUAGUUCGAAGCAUGUCAUACCUUGGCUUCCCGCCGCCUCUUCCUGACCUCGUCCAGCUUGGUCCAACACCGCCUCUACAAAGUCCCAGCUGGGCUGAUCUUGCUCUGCUUGUAUGUGGCAUCUCAUGGCUAAACUUGAGCCUGCUGAUGCUGGACCCUCUUUUGCUUGAGUUGCCGAUUUCCUUGCGCAGCUCCGCAUGUACCGGCUUAGUUCCGUUGGUCUUGGACUUUUCGAUUCCAGGACCCACUGCGCCAACGCAAUCAUCCUCCCGUCCUGACCUCCCGGCGUUUGCAUGGAGUGCGGCAUGCCUUGGUCCAAUACCUUCACUUCCCGACUUGGCCGAGCCAGGAUUGCUUCCUUUGAUCAGGAGUUUCAAGUGCCUUGACCUCUUGUUUCUGGUCUUCGGGCUCAGCUGCCUUGACCCUGCUACCUUGCUCGUGGACAUGGCUCUUGUUGGACCUCCGUCGCCCUUGCAGUCAUUUAUUUGUGGCGGAUCCCCACUACCGACCUUUGGCAUCAGCUGCUUGGAGCUGCUUUUGCUCUUGCUGGACUUCUUGCAGCUUGGGCCGACCAUGUUGCUGCAGUCUUAUGCACGCCUGGGCCUCGCAUUGCCCGUAGCAUGUGCCUCCCGAUUCGACUUUCUUACGUUGGCCCUGGAUUUCGUUUCAACAGACAGUUCCAUGCCGUUGAGAAACUUCGUUCGAACAGGCCUGGCUGCGCUCAUACUGGAUCUCAUCCAACCUGGCUCAUCCGUGUCACUGCAUCACUUUGGCCGGUCAGAGUUCGCAUUUUCAGUUUUCGGCAUCGGUCCUCCGGUCCUGUUGCCAGAUCAUGUGAUGUUUGGGUCCUUGUUGUCGGUCCGAAACACGGCGGCCUGUUCGGGAUCCCCGACUUUUGUGCACAGCUCGGCCCGACUGGACUUCGCGCUGCCAUUGGUGGACUUUGUGCAUGCCGGACCAGUCGUGUCAACUCGAAGCCUUGCAUGUCUAGGCUUGGCAUUCUUCCUCAUGGGACUUAUGCGGACAGAUCCCAGCGUUCCGACACUAGACCACACGCAGACAGAGCUUCCCACGUUGUUGCAAAGCUUCGCUCACCCUGGAUUGCUUGUGCUUGCGGCAGAUCAUGUCGGUGCAGAACCUGCGCUUUCUUCGCGAAGCUUAGGUAGAAUGGACCUAUCGUUUCCUGUCUUGGGUUGCACGUCGACUGACUCACCCCCUCUGAUUUCGGAUCUCACGGACCUUGGAUUUGUCCUGCCCGCCCGAUCUUACUCUCGCCUGGACUUGGUUCUGCUGCUUCUGGACUUUGUGCAGUUCGAGCUCCCCAUGUCGGCAAGGAAUUCCGCGCAGUCGGGAUCCAGUACCCCUCUUGUCGGCAAUGUUUGUUUGGAGCCAUCUCCGCUCAUUCUGGAUUGGGCCAUUCUUGGUUUCGCACCUCUGGUUCGUAGCUUUGCUUGGGUUGGCAGCGUUUCGCCUGUGCCAGACUUUGGCCAUCUUGACCCGUCACCAUUCACGCGCAGCUUGGCCAGACUUGACUUGCCAGCUUUGAUGCUCGGUGCCGGCUGCUUGGAAUUGGUAUCAUCCGUGCCGGACCAUUCUCACCUGGACAGCUCGGUGUCGUCGCGCUCACUUGUUUGCCUGGGAAGCGUGCUGCUGCCUCCUGAUUUUGUGAUGUCCGAUUCCUCCAUGCCUGUGCAGAACUCCUAUCAGCCUGGCUCAAGCUUGUUCGUUUGUGGAUUGGCUCUCGGCAUGGCUUGCCCCGGCCCAAUCCUACUGGUGCUGGACGUGUCCGAAAUUGGAUCAGCUCCACCGGUGCACAGUUUCGCUUGUCCGGGGUUUGUGUCGUUAGCGCCGGACUUCGUCGCGGUUGACCCAUCACUGCUUGUACAAAGCCGCGCCCGAUUGGGGCUGACAAUGCCCCCAUCUGACUUUCUUGCUCUCGGCAGCAUGCCGUCCGUGCGGUCAUUCUUCCGUUGUGGGUCGUCGACGCUUGCAGCAGGCAGCAGCCGAUCUGGCCUCGCGAUGCCUCUUCCGGAUCUCGGUCACACUGGGCCUUCCAUGCUCGCUAGGUCUUUGGCCCGCUUGGGGCCACCUCUGUUCGCCUUCUCCCUGUGCAACAUGGACCUGUCAAUGCUGGCGUCUGACCACACACACUCAGGCAGCGCUCCAUCGGCGAGAGCAUCCCUCCGAGGUGGGCCUUCGCUGCUAACCUUUGGGAUGUCCCGACUAAGUCUAUCGUUGUCGAUCCCAGACUUCACUGAUAUGGGUCCGCUACUGUCCACACGAAGCCACGCACAGCCUGGACCCUUGUUGCCAACGUCCGACUUCUUGCAGCCAGACCCCAUCCCGCCUGUGCGAAGCCCAGGCCGCAGUGGCUUUCCCUCUUUGAUAUUCAGCUGUACGCGUCCGGACUCACUCUUGCUGUCGUUAGACUACGCAGUGCUCGGGUCAUCCUUGCCUCUUCAAAGUCACACCCGACUCGAAGCUGUAGUUUUAGCACUCGACAGUGCGCACAUCGACUUCGCAUCGUCCCUCCGAAGCAUUGGGCAGCCAGGGCUGUCAUUGCCAGCCUUUAGCAUGACCUCCAUGGGCUUCUCGUCGCUCGCUUCAGACUUUGUCCAGUGUGGCCCGAUCUUAUCUGUGAGAAGUUAUGCUUGGCUUGAACCUACGUCACCUGUGCUAGACCACUUGCAGCCGGGCUUCGUCUUGCCAGCGCGCUGUUCUGCCAGGACUGAUUCUGCCGCACUUGUCUUUGGCAGGGCCAGCAUCGACUUGGCUGUGCCUUUGCUGGACUUUGUUCAGACCGGGUCGGCAUUCCUGCUGAGGUCACCCGCGUGCUCAGAGCCUUUGCUUUCUGUGCCAGAUCCUGCGUACAUUGGCCUGACCACGCUGAUACAAAGUCCCGGCUGUUCUGGAUCAGUGCUGCCAGCCUGUGGGUUGAUACGUGUGGCGCUGGCCCUGUCCGUGCUGGAUCACGUUCAUGUUGGCUUCUCCAUACCAACGAGGUCACUGCUGCAUCUUGAACCAUCUUCUCCCGUGUUGGACUUCGUUUCCUUGGGCUCAUCUUUGCUUAUGAGAUCCUCUACGUAUCUGGGCUUGGCAGCUUCUGCGCUUGACAUGACGGACACCGGCCUGACCGUGUCCCUGCACAAUCCUGCCUGCUCAGGACCAUCUCCUCCUGUCCCCGGUUUGGGCCGCAUGGACUUCUCCAUUCUGGCCUUAGAUGAUGUGAGACUUGGGCUGUCUCUGUCUGCCAGAUCGUUGGCCUGGCUGGACUUAAUUUUGCCACCUCCUGACUUCGUAGUCACGGCAUCUGCUUUGUCCGCACGCAGCCUGUUGUGCUUGGGCUCGACGACCUCUUCACUGGACCCUGCUCAUACUGACAGCUCCGCGUUCACCCGGCAAUUCGUCAGAGGCGGCUCCGCUUCACCUGCUCUGGGCUGCUCUCGAUACGGCUUGUCCAUGUCCGUGUCUGAUUCCCUCCACUUGGGACCUGCACCCUUGCCUCGUAGCCCUUCGCACAUUGGAGCCUCGGUGUUUAUGUUGGGCUGGGCCAGCAUGGGCUUGCCGACACCACUUCGUUCCUUCAACUGCACUGGCUUGCCCGUGCUGGUACCGGAUUCCGUCGAGACAGGCUUUGUGCUUUCCCUACAAGGUCUCUCGUGCUCUGGUUCUGCCUUCUUCAUGUGCGGCUGCACUCGGCCCGGUCUCUUCAUGCUCUUGCCAGACUAUGCAGAACCAGGCCCUCCUCUUCCCAUCCGAAGCUCCGUCCGAUUGGAGUUCGCUUUGCCAUUUCUCGACUUUGCAGAGUUAGGACUGCUGUUGCCACUGCGGAACCUCGUGCGUCUUGGUCCAAGCCCACCUCCUUCCGGGCGAGCUCGUUUGGAUGAUUGGACUUCAGCCCACGACUUCACGAAUCUGGGCUUCGUCCCGUCGUCGCGCAGCAUGGGCUGCUCAGGCUUUGCCUUGCUUGUGCCUGACCUCCUGCUUCCCGGCUCCUUUAUGUCUGCAAGGAGACACAGCUGCCCUGGCUUUGGGCUCUCGGCUUAUGGGUUCGGGAGAUUUGGGCCGACCAUGCCUCCCUUUGAUUACUCCAACUUUGGACCGACCUCUUUCGUCAGGGCUGUCGCGAAGUCCGGCCUCCUCUUCUCAACAUAUGGAGCAACCUGUGGUGCAUCUCUGCCUUCAUCUGAGUAUGCACAUGCGGGUCUGCUUCUACUUGCGAGAAGCUUCACACAAUUAGGGUUUCGGUUGCCCGCCUUCCACAGUGCCGAGCCUGGCAGCCCACUACCGCCUCGAAGCAUGGCUCGCCUCGGUUUUGCCUUCUCUGCCUCUGGUAUGCUGCGUCUAAAUCCUCCAAUGCCAUCAGCUGACCAUAUCGGUGCCGGCCCGUUGAUGCCUCUUCGGAGCUUCGGACGCUUCGGCUUCAAGUUGCCGGCCUACGGUGCAGGACGAUUUGAGCCAUCGCAGUCUGUCUGUGACUUCGUAAACCCGGGCUUGGCAAUGCCCGUGCAAUCGCCAGCACGCACGGGCAGCUCAGCCUUUCUUUUCGGCCUGGCCAGGAUCGGGUCAAGUGUGUUGGUUUCCGACUUCACAAGCUCCGAACCCACUCUCCCUCCGAGGGGUGCAGCUAGCCUUGGCCUGUUCACAUUGCCGUUCGGCAUGACGCGCUUCGAAUGUUCCGCUCCUCUUUUGGACUUCGUGAAUGUCGACUUCUUCAUGUUGCCGCAAAACUGCGCCUGCUCCGGUUCCAAGCUGCCUGCGUACGGAGCCGGUCGCUCCGGAUUCCUCAUGCCUUCGUGUGACUUCGUGAACUUAGGCAGUUCGUCGUCUGUGAGAAACCCUGCAAACCCAGGCUUCAGGUUCUCGCUAUUCAGCUCUUCCAGGUCUGAAUCCUUCCUGCCUGUCGCAGACUUUGCUCUCUUCGGCUCUCUGAUGCCGACCCGCUGCUACGUCAGAUCUGGUGAGCACAUCUCCGUGGCAGGCAUCGCCCGCCUGGCCUCGGCAACCAACAUGGACGAGCAAGCAUUGCUGGGCAGCUCGCCGUUUGUAAGUGCCCACACUCGCAUGGGCCUCGUGUUGCCUAUCUCCGGCAUAGGUGUAUUUGGCUUGAGGUUGCUACUUUUUGACAUGGCUCAGCUAGAACUUUCCUUCCCAGUGCAAAGCCCCAGUCGCUCAGAGUCCUUGCUGUUCAUCUUCGGUCCCGCUUCCCUGCUCUUCGGCAUUGCCCAGUCCAGCCCGCCUCUGUCAGUGUCGGACCCCUCAGGCCCAGGCCUCAUGAUUCCAACAAGAAGCUUUGCCCGACUUGGCUUCUUUGCUCCGCUCUUUGGUUGUGCCGAGUUUGGCUUGCUCUUGCCCGCUUUGGACCGCAGCUCACUAGGUUUUAUUCUGCCGACCAGGUCUACGGCUUGGCUUGGACCGCUGCCAUCCAUGUCUGGUGCAUCUGAACUCGAUCCUUCGCUGUCGAUCCCAGACUGCUCCAGCCCAGGGUCGAUCCUUUCUGUUCAAAGCCUGGGCCGGUGUGGGCUGUUGCUGUUCUUGUUUGGUCUUGGUUGGCCCGACCCAUCCUUGCCAGCAUUUGACUGUGCAAGCCUAGAGUUAAUCUUGCCGCUGCAAUCCUGCACCCGAGUGGAGCCCGUCCUGUUUGCCUUUGGUCUGGGCAACUUUGGAUCGUUCACGCUUGUCUUCGACCUUCUCCACCUGGACUUACCACUCCUUCUGCGCAGCUUCUCACAAAUAGAGCUUGCAGCACCUGCGUUUGGAAUGGGGGAGAUGGACUUUUUGCUUCCUGUCCCGGACAUGAGUGGACUCGACCUGUUUCUUUUUGUGCGUAGCUUGGCCUGCAUGGGCUUCUCGGCCUCGUCGUUUGGAUUUGGCUGCCUGGACAGCCCCCUGUCCGCCUCUGACUACAGCCACCCGGAGCCAGCGCUUCUCGCUCGAAGCCCGGUUUGUUUGGGUCUCGCUGUGCUGUUGUUUGGACUGGGACGCGCUGGCUCUUCUACAUCUGCAUCUGACCUCUUGCACUCAGACUUCGCGCUGCUGCCUCGCAGCUCUGCUUGCCCUGGUUUGGCGGUGUUGACGUCCGGAGUGGUCAACCUCGGCUUCUCUUUGCUGGCGCUCGAUCGUGCACACCUAGGCCUCGCUCCUUCUGCACGGUCACUGGCAAAGAUGGGUUUAGCGGUGCCUUUCUCCGGCCUGGGAUGCCCGGACGCCGCAGCUUCCACCUCCGACUGCGGCCACAUGGGCUUUACCUUACUGCUUCGAAGCGCAGCCUGA